AUGAGAAAGGGCGCCUACCGCGGCCGCAAGAACGCACUAGUGAGCCUUCACGGGGUGCUCCACAGCGCGAACAACAUUGGGGAAGCGGUGUCCGCCAGUGCCGUGAGUGUGCUCGCCAACCUCCUCUCCGACGACCAUCAGGACUUUGUGAACGGCUCGAUCGCUCUACUCGCGAGGAUUGCCGAGCAGCCGGCCAGCACAACGGCCAACCUUGCCCGCUCGGAGCUCGUCACGAGCCUCGUCAACUUCCUCGGCGCGUCGGCGUCUCGAUCGGGGAAGGACCACUGCAUGGCGCUGAUGGCCUCGAUGUGCCGGCACAGAGAGCGUCCUGUGAUCGGCUGCCACCUCUACGACUAUUGGCUCUCGUAUACCGUCUCCAUGAUAUGUUGA